AUGUCCUAUGAAGAUAAUAACAUUAAGAAAGCAAGAAUCAAGCUGGAAAAGCAGGUGAAGUUAUGCUACACGUUCGAUAUCCGCCGUUGCGAAAACGGUGGGUUGUUAAAAUAUAACGGCGACGAACAGGGCAUUGUGUGCGAAUGCACACCAAACUAUAGUGGGGAAAAAUGCGAGAAAGCGAAAUCCGUGUCGUUCAUUUCAACGGUAUUGGCAUGGAUCCGCGAUUCGGACGUAAGCUGGGGCAUACCGAUGAAUUGGUGGUGCAUCAUUCCGUUUACUUCGGGACGCCAGUUGGCGACCGUUUACGCAUAUCAUCAAAGGGUAUUGAAAAGCUUAGAUGACGGGUUUUAUAGUCCCGGCAGUGAGGCAAACGAACUGGACAUCGACGGGAGAUUAUUGCCACGUUCGCGUCCACUAAUGUGUCCAAACGACAAAAAUUUAUCGCCGCUAAAUACAUUGUAUACCGAGAUUUUUGAACGUAAAUCCGGCCAGUUCAAACCAGAUCUAAAAAAUCGAAAUUUACUAUUUCAAGCUUUUUAUCAGUAUUUCAUUUUGCAAUUUUUCGACUCCAAUUCCAACUUAACGGUAACGGCUUCCCAACUAUACGGCAAUGACGCAGAGUCGGAAAGAUCGUUGAGAUCGUUCUCUGGUGGUAAACUCAAGACACUGUACAUUAAUAACGAACAUUAUGCACCUUAUAUGUCAUCGAUACUACGCUCAAACGUAUACUUAAAAGAAUUCCUCGAAACAACGGACGUCUCGGUCGAUUGCGUUUCGACCUUUUCAUUCUCAUUCAGCAGAAUGUGGAAGCCAAAGAUGUUGAGCUUGAGCCCAAUGCUUUAUGCAAUAUCGACACUUUGGGUCCGUGAACACAACCGCGUGUGUGAUAUGCUGUCACUGAUGUCGUCUUCGAAAGGGACAGAUGAAGAUAUCUACAAGACUGCUAGAAAGGUUGUCACCGGUCAGAUGAUGACAAUAAUGAUGAACGAAAUCUUAAAUAUGCAUACAGGAUACGCGUAUCCAUUAAAGCUCCGUCCGGAAGUUUAUCACCACCGAAUUCAAAACAUCAGUAGUUCCACCACACCAAUUGAACUAGUUUUGAUUAUGGCCAUGUCUAGUCUACCGGAACAGUUUAAUAAUGCUCCUAUGAGUUCGAUGUUCUUUGGUAACAGCAAACAAGUGUUGGAAGAGGGCUUAAAAAAUACGCUGCAGUUCAUGAUCAGCGAACCUAUGGGCAGGAUCUCGGCUCACAACGACGGGUUUUCGACGAAACCGUUGACUAAGACCUUGAUGAAGCUAUCCCGAGAACAUGCCGUGCAGAGUUUUAAUAACUAUCGGAGACGAUUCGGGCUGCCUGCGUACGAUAGCUUUUUCCAGCUAACCAAAAACUGGGAAACCGCUAAUGAAUUGAAAAAUUUGUACCAAAGCGUCGAUGAUGUGGAGUUAUUGACCGGCGUGUUGACAGAAGGGUCGAGAAAGGCUCUCCCCACAUCGACAAUCAUGACUCAGAGUUUCAUUAUAAAUGCUAUUUUGACCAAUAACCUCACGAGUGAACUUUCGUGGAAACCGAAUACUUUCGGUGGAGAUGGUCUCUUCAGCUUGGUAAAGGGCACCACAUUGAGGUCGUUUUGGUCGAUCGCUAUUCAUUCAAUUAAAAUCGCGGACAGGCCUUUUCAGCUAACCGUUGAAAAUUAUAAUUUGUCAAUCUACUGUCAACUUCGAUCAUCAAAUGCCAAGAGCCCAAGACUAUUACUUAAAUAUGACCAAAUUCAAGAUAAAUAA